UUGGCGGGGGGGGGGCGCUUGGCCCCCUUGGCGCCGCCCCUGGAUGGAAUGCUCCUAUAACAAAGCCCAGGAUAACAGAAAGACAACUCCUGCUGCAGGCAGAAAACAAGCAGGUCAGAGAAGUCUGCCUGAUUAGCCAGAUCAGCCCUGCUCUCCUUAUGAGGGUGCUGAGGGCGCCUGCCUGGGAAGCUGCAUAGCCCACGCCCGAUAGGGCCUCUUUUCUGCUGCUUGAAAACUGCCCGGGAACCUGCAUGAGCAAUCGAAACGGGCCGCUGACGCCUCUUGAUUACGCGCCACUCGGGUUGCUGCGGCGAGCGCGAAUGAGUACACAGAUUCCGGGGCUUCCUCCCGACCGACAUGGCGGAGGAGCCGGGGCAGGAGGCCCAGCAAGCGAGCGACGAAGUUGAACCGCGGGCGAGGGGGAGCGCGGAGCCGUCCUCGCGGCGCCUGGUGCUGCCCCCGUCUUGGCUGUCGCCGGCGGGCGGGCUCCCGGCGGGGCUCAGGCGCUGGUUCCCGUCGCUGGAAGUGCUGGACGUCAGCGGGACGGGGCUGUCGGCACUGGGCCCGGAGCUACUAGAGCUCCCGCGGCUCCACACGCUGCUGGCCAAGAACAACCGGCUGGGCGCCCCCGGCUCCCUCCCGAAAGGCCUGGCUGGGGCCCCGCUCGCCCGGUCCUUGCGCGUCCUCAACUUGAGCGGCAACUGCUUCACUCAGCUGCCAGCCUCACUUCUGGCCCUGCGUGGCCUCCGGAGCCUUAGCCUGGGCAGCAACCGCCUCUACAGCAUCCCUGCCGCGAUACAGGAACUCAGCGGUUUAGAAUUUUUGUACCUUGGGGGAAACUUCAUUACAUCAAUUCCACCAGAGUUAGCAAACCUAGCUUCACUAUGUUACCUAGUUUUGUGUGAUAACAAGAUACAAAGUAUUCCUCCUCAGUUGGCACAGUUGCAUUCCUUGCGCUCUCUUAGUCUCCACAAUAAUCUGCUGACAUACCUUCCUCGGGAGAUCCUCAAUCUAGUUCAUCUUGAAGAACUGAGUUUGCGUGGGAACCCAUUGGUUGUACGCUUUGUCCGGGACUUGACCUACAAUCCUCCAAGCCUCCAAGAACUGGCUGGACGCACCAUUAAAACCCGCAAUGUUCCCUAUGUUCCUAGUGAUCUCCCUGGGAAUCUCCUCCGAUAUUUGAGCCUAGCAAGCAACUGCCCCAACCCUAAAUGUGGAGGAGUCUAUUUUGACAGCUGUGUCCGGCAAAUAAAAUUUGUUGACUUCUGUGGGAAGUAUCGCCUUCCACUGAUGCACUACCUUUGUUCCCCGGAGUGCUCUUCCCCCUGUAGUUCUGCAUCUCAGAGUUCUACUUCUCAGAGCGAGUCUGAUUCAGAAGAUGAAGCCAUUGUUGCUGCACGCAGGAUGCAGAAAGUUCUUCUGGGAUAAGAGGAAGACGGAAAAGACUAAAAGCAAAUCAUGUUAGAAAAGCAGUUGUGGCGCUAUGAUGUCCAGUGCUGUGCAAGAGACGUACUAGGAACCUUACCUUGGCCUGUCUCUAUUUUGUCGCUCCCACAAAAUAUGUCUGGUCAAACAAAAUUGUUUGGGCAGUGGGUCCUGGGAGGCUAAUUACUGCAUGCCUUUUUGGGGAAAUCUGGCACAGAAACCUUUGGAGGUAAUGCUGUCAAGGAAAUAAUUCUAGGGUUUGAGAUUUCAGGCAUUGAUUACUAGUUGGCAUUAACUUGGCAUUGAUGACCAGUUAAGAGGGUUCUUUGAGUGCUUCACUACUGAGACUGGAUAAGAAGUAAGCUAUUCUUUGUCACUGUGAUAAAACAAAUAAUUAUAUGAAAGUCCAGGGUGUGAGUUCCCCAGUGUUAUCAUCUGCAUCUGUUAUACUUGAACUUUGUUCUCUCUCCAUAGAGGUGCUUGGUCUUUAUUUAUUUUUAACAACAUUCCUCCGAAGUACAGAAAUACCUUAUUUUUGAUACUUCUUUGUUUGGCUUCACUGCCGAUGACCAGCUGUUCUGUUCUAGGAACAGAACUGUGCCUUUCUUUAUAUUGCUUUGCAAUAUAUAAUUACAGCUGCCUUUGGGCUUUGUUCCAUUUUUUUAUUGCAAUUGUUGCAUCAUGGUUCCUACUCAAUCCUCUGUGAAACUUAAUUUCUCAAUCUCAGCAGUUUCUCACUAUGUGUUCUCAGAAUGAUUUGCCCUAUACUAAGUUCAUCUGAAACAAAAUGGCAAACUAACCUUUUGCUUACAACUGGCUUCUUACACACCCAGGUGCCAUUCUUUAAGAGCUUCCUUUUUAUACUUUGAACAAUAUUUGCUCAAAGAGCAUAGUUACAUCUUAAACUUCAGUGGUUAGCGUAAUACAGUGCCUUGUACCUAUAUAACUCUGAAAAGUGAGAUAUUUUUAACAAUACUUCCAUCUCUUCCAUUCCCUUCAAAGCCAAGUUAUUUAUGCCUUAGCCUUUAUCUUCUGUCUGUCUUGCAACUCACUGCUUGGCUUUCUCAAAUCAGUUUAGGCCUCCUGUGGCCCUUGCCCAGUCCUAUUCUUAUCUGCCACUGUUGGAGAUACUGUCAUGUAUAGUAGGCAAGUGUCUAGCCUUUGUAGAGGAUUUUUAAAAAACGAAAUUGUGUUUAGAAAGCAAUAAAAUAACAGAGGGGUGGGAAUUUUCAGUCAUCACUAUAGAAGUCACUGACUCUAUCUAAUAGCUGCCAGUGUCUCACAUAGCACUCACGGUUUCAAUAAAUGUGCUAAUUCAAAAGACGUCUCUCCACUUUUCAAGUGACAAGUGUUUUUCCACACCCUUUACUUGUCUCUGCUACUUAUUUUUAAGAGAAUCCACAAUUACUUUCUUUUAGACUUCCUGUUUCCAAUGUGCGUGGAGUGAAUUUUUCCAAAACAACUCAGUAUUGUGGGUUAAUGCUGGGAAAAGUGAUAUCUUUGCAAUGGAAACAGGAAGGGUUAUUUGGAAGAGUAUUGACAGGCAACCAAGCUAGUGCUUGUGAUAAAGUUUGCAGGCAUUCUGUUUCUAUCCUUUAUGCCUUUAGUGAAAACUUUCUGAAAGAAUUGGCCUACGGAGGAACACAGUGGAUGCUUGUGGGCUCUUGAGUAUGGAAUAAUAUUUAUUUUUCCCUGGAAUUUCCUAGUAUGCUUAUCUUUGUCUGUCUAGAUUUCAUGUUGUCUUGGAGAUGGCCUAUGAAUGCACAUAUUAUAGUAACAGAACUUGCUAUUAUUUCUUGCUGACGAGUAAGCAUUUGCUCUUUGCCUUUUUGAUAUAUGACAGCAAUAAAUCUGUCAUUUUCCCCAUUUUACCUCUUCAUAUAGCUUUGGAUUCCAUGAUGGAAGAAAGGCAGAUAUAAAUAUAAGAAAUGAAAUAUAAUUCCCCCCUUCUAGUUCAGUAAUGUACAAUGAAAAAACAUCAACAUAGCAGCUUGUUUUUCAUCAUGACACAAAAUUAAAUGUUGCAACAUGAGCUAUGAAUGUGUCAAUGUGUUUCCUUAUUAGUGUUUCUUUUAUAGAAUGGAAUCUUUUAUAAAUAAAUAAAUAAAAUAAAUUGUUUGUUACACAUACUGUCAGCCCCACGAAGGUGCAAUUUCCACCUUCAGUUCUCCUUGCUGCAUUUUUUGGCAUCUUUGAAAAUAGGGCAGAAACAAAAGGGAACAGCACCAAACAAAGGGCAGAAUAGAGAGGCAAGCUCUGGUGCUGGAAGAAGUUUAUUAAAAGCUCAACGCGUUUCGGAACUGGUCCUUCGUCAGGAGCUACAAACAUUAAAACAAACUCAAAUCACUAUAGUGAAGCCAACACUGUGGUCUUGAACAUUCAAGGUUCUUUCCUUUUUGACCCUGGAGAUUAUUCUGAUUUAGUGCUCAGAGUAUUAGCUGAAGCUGCCAUCUUAUAUGAGUCUUCACUUACCAACAGUCAUAUUAAGACUUCAUCAAAGCAUUCUCAUUGCUUUAGACACUAUUCUCAUUGUAUCUCUUCACAGCAUUUAACAGGAGAAAAUGCUAAACCUGAAAGGGAAUAAAUAGUUUCAUCUUUCCUGCUGUUUCUUCUUGCCAUCUCUUUAGCCAAAAGCAACAGAAGGGGUGUUUGUAAAUGCAAGCCCAAUUCUUUUAAGAUCAGUAGGGAAUGCUUUGAGAGCAAAAUAUCUGCUUGACUGGAAGCAAUUUAUACAGUUUCCAGUCUUUAUGCUUUUCUCUGGUUAAGAUUUGCAGGAUUUGUUGAAUGAUUCUGUGUGCCCUGCAAGGUAUUGGUGCACUUUCUCAUGGGUCUCUGAAUGGUCUUGAUGUUUUAUUUCUUUUUAUUGAAAGCUUAUUUAGAUUGCUUGGCAAGGGGAAAACGUUUGUCCUCUUUAGUUAGUGGAAAUGAAUGGGAGGGAUUUAACCAAUGGGAAGUAAUGAAACUUAAUCCUUACAGUGCUGCUUUGUUACUGGCUUCAAAGAGUAAUUUUAAUGCAUCUUAAACUGCACCAGGAGAUGUGUUACUGAUUGCUUGAAAGCUCCUAAGACACUUCAAAGAGAUGAGCUGGAGUGUGGUGUGGUAUAAAAAUAAUUAUCUUUAAAAAACUUUCCAGUCAACUACAUUGCUUGCUUAUCUAGCAUGCUUGAUUGCACAGUGAACUCUGAUCAAGAGGUUUUGCCUAAUUCUCUUGUUAAAUUUAAUCAUGUGCCUUGUAUUUGCUUUACCAAGUUUUAAAGGUGCCUUGUGUUUGUAAAGCUUCACUUUGCUAGAUAUGUAGAGAAUUUCUAAGAGUAUUUCAUUAUGAAUUGUAUGGAGCUUUUGAACACUAAAUCAAGUAAUUAUUGAAAACUUGCAUCUGUCUAUUUAACUGUUUAGCAUUUAUGUAAAGGAAUGAAACUUAACAAGUUCAUUGUACCUGGAUUUGGGGGGUGUGUUGCAAACUGCCUCCCCUCUCAGCUGGUAAACUAUAUUUCAUUUUUA